AUUUAGGGUUUCUUCUUAGGGUUUUCGCUUCCUGUCUCUCUCCGAGCUCUCAGCAAUGGCAGUCGAAGUAGACGGUAAAUCAGUGAUAAAGAAUCUCGCUGCAUGCGACAAAUCCGUCCGCGACAGAUCUUUACGAACUGUUCUGCAGACAUGGCUUCCCACUCAAACCGAAGUCUCCGACGACGACAUGAAGAAGCUUUGGCAGGGCAUCUUCUACUGUAUGUGGCAUGCCGACAAGGUCCCUUACCAGUCUGAACUCAUCGACCGCCUCUCCGGCGCCGUACAAUCUCUCCCUCUUCACAUCUCAGUCCAUUACUUCACUGUGUUCUUGUUCACCAUGCGUCGCGAGUGGUCUCGCAUCGAUCGACUCAGGUUAGACAAGUUUUAUCUCUUGAUCCGUAGGUUCCUGCAUGGAUUCUUCGUUCUUCUUAAGGAUAAUUCCUGGGAUCUGGAUUUCACUCGCCGUUUGAUGGGCGUUUUGUUCGACGGUACAUUCCUCGCGGAUGAUAAGUUCCAGGCCAAUGGUGUUAACUAUCACUUUGCUUCUAUUUUCGUUGAGGAAGUUAGGCCCUUUCUUCCUCUCAGGAAGAAGGUUGUAGAACUUCUGUUUGGUCCUUUUGUGACCGUUUUGGGCAUAGUAGGUGACAAGGUUUUGGUCGGGAAGAUCAAGAGUAAUGUGUUUGAUGAGUUGCUGAAGAUGGGGAAGGAGUUGCUGGAUGCUAAAAUGUCUGGGAUUGAUGUAGAUUCUAAUGACGAUGCAUUGGCCUUGGGAUCAAUUGCUCUGUCUAUGGAGUAUUCCAGGAAGUUUUAUGAGAUGGGUUCUUCCCCUGAUUGCCGCCAGGGGAAUAGGAAACUGAUAUUUUCUCUUCACGAGCAGUUCUCGAAACUGGAGAAGGAUGUGUCUUCUUCUGGUGUUGAAAUUUCUAUCCCUGAAGCUUCUGCUCCUGAUGAAGAAGUGCCUGAUUUGGUUCCCAUGUCUAACGAAGUAGUAAUGGAUGAUUGUGGUGCUGAACUCGAGUCGAAGGAGCUGGUUGCGAAUGGGUCAUCCAAGAAAAAGGGCCUGAAGAAAUGUACAAAGGCUAAGAAGAAAUCGGCUGGAGACAGUGGCAAGAAGGGUAGUGAUAAGAAGAGCAAGAAGGAAGCUGUUGUAGAUGUUCCUGAAAUCACAAACUCGGAUGGGAAAGACGAAACUUUCAAUGAGACUUUGAUAUCGAAUCUCCAGAUGCAGUUUGAGAAAGUUGCAGCCGAGCUGGGAUCAAAAGACGAAGUUGCAAGUGCCUGCGUCGAAACAGAACAAAUGGUCAAGUCCAAAGUGUCAAAGAAGAGGAAAAGGAAAGCCAAAGGGGAAGAUAGGAAUAAUCUGGAAGAAAUCAACGGGAAUGGAGACAUGGAAACGAUCUCGGAGGCCAAGAGCGGGGAGAAAAGCACGAAGAGAGUGAGAUUUUCGAUGAAAAAUAACCUAGUGUGGAAACCUCACAGCCCUUUGCCUCCACAGAGUUUGAGAUUGCCACCAGCUGCAACACCGAGGGGAAGUGCCCUGAAGAAAGGGAUCCCUCCCGGUCCUAUCAGAGAGGUGCCGUCUCCGAGUAGAAAGGCGAAGCAGAAAGCGAAGGCCGUGAAGAAAGUGCGGAAGGGAGUGAAGACGAUCAAGAAGUUGAAGAAGAAGAAAUCUUCGUCUCCUUGAAAAAGGGUAUUAAUCUCUUGCUACAUUUUGAUAUUUUAGAUUCGAUAUAUGUCUCGUUUUCUUCCGUUGUUGGUGUUCCGAUACAUUUUCGAGAUUUUAGCGCAUCCGCAAGGUUCGACAAAUCGUUUCAUCCUGAAAAUGAUAUAUGAUCCUCUUUACUGCAAUUAUGCCUAGACUUUGAUCUUCUUCACCUGUCUUGCAAGUGUAAUGUCUCGGAUUUUGAUGAGUUUUUGGCAAGUGUUCUUGAGAGAA